CAAAAAACUUAUUCUUCCAAAGAGAGAUUGUUAUUAUUCCUCACGAUGACCAGACAGUCUCUGCUUUCUUUUUCCUUUCUUCCAGAAGGAGAUUUAACCAUAGUAGAAAGAAUGGAGAACUAUUAACUGCCUUUCUUCUGUGGGCUGCGAUUUUCAGAGGGGAAUGCUAAGAGGUGAUUUUCAAUGUUGCGACUCAAAGGUGAAGACACUGAAGGACAGAAUUUUUGGCAGAGGUCAUAGUGUCUGCCCCCCACCUUCCGGUGUCUCCUGAUAUGCAGCAUGAAUGAAAAUGGCAAGUUUCCUGGCCUUCCUUCUGCUCAACUUUCGUGUCUGCCUCCUUUUGCUUCAGCUGCUCAUGCCUCACUCAGCUCAGUUUUCUGUGCUUGGACCCUCUGGGCCCAUCCUGGCCAUGGUGGGUGAAGACGCUGAUCUGCCCUGUCACCUGUUCCCGACCAUGAGUGCAGAGACCAUGGAGCUGAGGUGGGUGAGUUCCAGCCUAAGGCAGGUGGUGAACGUGUAUGCAGAUGGAAAGGAAGUGGAAGACAGGCAGAGUGCACCGUAUCGAGGGAGAACUUCGAUUCUGCGGGAUGGCAUCACUGCAGGGAAGGCUGCUCUCCGAAUACACAACGUCACAGCCUCUGACAGUGGAAAGUACUUGUGUUAUUUCCAAGAUGGUGACUUCUAUGAAAAAGCCCUGGUGGAGCUGAAGGUUGCAGCACUGGGUUCUGAUCUUCACGUUGAUGUGAAGGGUUACGAGGAUGGAGGGAUCCAUCUGGAGUGCAGGUCCACUGGCUGGUACCCCCAACCCCAAAUACAGUGGAGCAACAACAAGGGAGAGAACAUCCCGACUGUGGAAGCACCUGUGGUUGCAGACGGAGUGGGCCUGUAUGCAGUAGCAGCAUCUGUGAUCAUGAGAGGCAGCUCUGGGGAGGGUGUAUCCUGUACCAUCAGAAGUUCCCUCCUCGGCCUGGAAAAGACAGCCAGCAUUUCCAUCGCAGACCCCUUCUUCAGGAGCGCCCAGAGCUGGAUCGCCGCCCUGGCAGGGACCCUGUCUGUCUUGCUGCUGCUUCUUGGGGGAGCCGGUUACUUCCUGUGGCAACAGCAGGAGGAAAAAAAGACUCAGUUCAGAAAGAAAAAGAGAGAGCAAGAGUUGAGAGAAAUGGCAUGGAGCACAAUGAAGCAAGAACAAAGCACAAGAGUGAAGCUCCUGGAGGAACUCAGAUGGAGAAGUAUCCAGUACGCAUCUCGGGGAGAGAGACAUUCAGCCUAUAAUAAAUGGAAAAAGGCCCUCUUCAAGCCUGGUGAGUAAAUCACUGUGUGUUCCCUGGACCAACAACCUGAGGGACUAUAUUCCUUUUUCCUUUUUACUUCUCCAACUGUUGUGAUUUGGGGAAGAAAAGCUCCCAUGACUAGGAGAAUUUGGGGUAGGCGACAUUAAAUUCCAACCUGAAAAGUGGGCCCAUCUCCAAGACCCUUUCCGCUGAGAGCCCAGGGAACCAGGGCGAAUAGAUCUCUUGCGCUUCCUCAGACCUUCCUGGGAAGGAAGACACAUAAAGGGUGGAGCUCAGGGGAAGGAGACACACACUGAGUAAUACUGCAGGGAGAGUGAGGAUGGAAAUGCCUAGGAAAGGAGGCGAUGCCUGCCCAAAGAACUUAGUCCUUCCCAGACUUCUCAUGCCACCUACUGUCAGUGCCUUCUCAAAAAAACUUAAUGCUUCUGAGCUUUGGCCUCCACAUAUUUAGGUGAUGAUUUCAAUCUGUGUUUGUGGGGGUUGAGGUGAAGACUGAAGGAAUAAUAAAUAUCCAUUUGUCAAAAACCUUAAGAAGGAGAUGAUGAGUUCAAACUGGGUGGUUGAAGAUUUGCAGAAAGGAGGGUUAAGGGAAAGCAACAAGGAAAAGUGCAGUGCCCCCAUGGUUCCCAACAGUGGGGAGCUGUCUCCACUCCUACACUGGGACGGCUAGGGAGGUGAGGCAGUUACUGGAACCCAGAGUAAGAAGCAGCUCAAAGAGAGGGCUCCCUGAGAAGAGUCAUCAGGCCUUGUUAGAGCAGCAGCAGCUGCUGCUGGCAGGGAGGAAGCAGGAAAUUAAAUGGUGUGUCUCUCCUUUCUUUCUCCUUCCAAUCUCCUAUCAGGGCCUCCCAUUGGCCAAACCCAACAGCAAACCAGAGGACAAGGGAGCCCAGUGGCACUGUCUCAGGAAUCUGCCCAGAGGACAGAUUCCUGGGGCCCAGAAGAGGGUGGAGAAAGCUGAAGGGUGGAGAGUGAAUCUAGGGCAUAUAAGGCACCACAUAGAGCCCAGCACAGAGACGGCCUUGCAGCUAUCAGGAAGAUGAGGAGCUUCCUUCAUGGCCUGCUGUGGGCUGAGUAAAUAACAUGAUUGCCUUCUACAGCGCUAGAGAUUCAUUUGUUUAUCCCCAUUUUUCAGGUGAGGAAAUGCUUCAGAUGAGGCUCCACUUUGUUAAAUAAAUUGGAUGUAUGGAAAAAUAGACUGCAGAAAAGGGGAACUCAUUUAGCUCAUGAGUGGUCGAAUGAAGGUUGAAAAUUAACCUCUGAGUAUAAAGCAUUAGUGGGCAGAGUGAAUGUGGGGAGGGAAACAAGAAAAACGUAGAAAGGAUCCUUGCUGCUUCCUGAGGCCGCAUCAGGGUAUUGGGUUAGGCAGAUGCUGAGGCAACCCUCAUUUCACCCUCCUCUUCCCCUCUGGACACAAGAUACCUGGGGCUUUCUCUCCUGACAUGGAUGAGAGAGUCACAUUUAGGGCAGACUAGGGACACCAGGCUUUGGACUCAUACCUCCUCAGCACGGCCCAGGCCUUGCAUGCUGAGGCUCUGAAAUCCAGGAAAAAUGGUUGACCACAUGGACACUUCCUCAAACUCUCUGCAGCGGAUGUGAUUCUGGAUCCAAAAACAGCAAACCCCAUCCUCCUUGUUUCUGAGGACCAGAGGAGUGUGCAGCGUGCCAAGGAGCCCCAGGAUCUGCCAGACAACCCUGAGAGAUUUAAUUGGCAUUAUUGUGUUCUCGGCUGUGAGAGCUUCAUAUCAGGGAGACAUUACUGGGAGGUGGAGGUAGGGGACAGGAAAGAGUGGCAUAUAGGGGUGUGUAGUAAGAAUGUGCAGAGAAAAGGCUGGGUCAAAAUGACACCUGAGAAUGGAUUCUGGACUAUGGGACUGACUGAUGGGAAUAAGUAUCGGACUCUAACUGAGCCCAGAACCAACCUGAAACUUCCUAAGCCCCCUACGAAAGUGGGGGUCUUCCUGGACUAUGAGACUGGAGAUAUCUCAUUCUACAAUGCUGUGGAUGGAUCGCAUAUUCAUACUUUCCUGGACGUCUCCUUCUCUGAGGCUCUAUAUCCUGUUUUCAGAAUUUUGACCUUGGAGCCCACUGCCCUGACUAUUUGUCCAGCGUGAAAAGAAGAAGAGAGUUCCUCCAAUUCUGACCGAGUGCUGAUCAUUCCCUAGAGACACCAGUAACCCCGGGCUUAGCUAAUGAAAGUGGGGAGCCUCAGGCUGAAGUAACUUGUCUCUGCUUCUCCCUGCCCAGCUCAGAGCUGAGGGCCUCCCCCUCCACAGCAACCAAUCACAACCAUAAAGCUACAGGCACGCACUGAAGCACUUUACUGAUACUCAUUCAAUUAUUCAUAUGACAGUUGUUUGAGUUUGGUACCACCUUAUUUUCCCCUUAUGCAGAUAAGGAAACUGAGGUGCAGAAAAGUGAAUUGACUACAAAGUAGACAUGACUAGUUAACAACACAGCUGGGAUCUAAACAGCAAUAACUAACAUUAAUGGAGAACUUAAAAUGCUCUGAGUGCUGUGUUAUGAGCUUUGGUGGAUGUCACUCCUUUAAUCCUCGCAACACCCUGUCGGGUAGUCUCAUUUAGCAAGUAUGGAAGUUGAGGCAGGGCAACAUUAAGUAACUUACAUAACUCAUGCAGUAAUUUCUGCAGUUGGGAGAUGUUCAGCUUCAGUCCCUGGCCAUAUGCCCGUUCUUUUCCACCCUGAUUCUUCCCCCAAAGGAAGAGCCCACCUGUAGCCCUGAGGUUCUUUUCCCAGGACGGCUCCAGGGUAAGGAUCACUGUAGGUGGUUGUGGAGUUGACACCCCUAUUGACUCCUUCCCAGCUGAUUGUCAGAGCCUUAGACCCAGCACUCCUUGGAUUAGCUCUGCAGAGUGUCUUGGUUGAGAGAAUAACCUCAUAGUACCCACAUGACACGUGAUUUGGAAAGAGACUAGAGGCCACACUUGAUAAAUCAUGGGGAACAGAUGUGUUCCCACCCAACAAAUGUGAUAAGUGAUCGUGCAGCCAGAGCCAGCCUUCCUUCAAUCAAGGUUUCCAGGCAGAGCAAAUACCCUAGAGAGUCUCUGUAAUAUAGGAAAUUUGGAUGAAGGGAGCUAGAAGAAAUACAGGGAUUUUUUUUUUUUUUUUUUUUUUUUUAAGAUGGAGUCUUACUCUGUUGCCAGGCUGGAGUGCAGUGGUGCGAUCUCAGCUCCCUGCAAACUCCACCUCCUGGGUUCAAACAAUUCUCCUGCCUCAGCCUCCCGAGUACUGGGAAUAUAGGUGCACGCCACCACACCCAACAAAUUUUUGUACUUUUGGUAGAGAUGAGGGUUCACUAUGUUGGCCAGGAUGGUCUCGAUCUCUUGACCUCAUGAUCCACCCACCUCGGUCUCCCAAAGUGCUGGGAUUACAGGCUUGAGCCACCGGGUGACCGGCUUACAGGGAUGUUUUUAAUCCCGUUAUGGACUCUGUCUCCAGGAGAGGGGUCUAUCCACCCCUGCUCAUUGGUGGAUGUUAAACCAAUAUUCCUUUCAACUGCUGCCUGCUAGGGAAAAAUUACUCCUCAUUAUCAUCAUUAUUAUUGCUCUCCACUGUAUCCCCUCUACCUGGCAUGUGCUUGUCAAGUUCUAGUUGUUCAAUAAAUUUGUUAAUAACGCUGA